CGAAAACAAGCUGCGUGAGGGCAGCAUUCACAUGUGUUUCUGUGAAUUUUCCUCUCCCGUGUCAAACUUAACAAUCCAGACAAAGAUUGCCAGCAAGGAAGCAAUAAAAAAUUCGAAAUCGAUGGACUCAUCGUUUUCCGCACAAGCGGGCCAAAAUCCCGUGAGCGAUUCAGACCCCACAAUGACUCAAAUCAAGAAAACCUCUCGGUUUUGAAGUUACAUGGGAAUAAGGGAAACAGUUUAUAGGAGAUUCUCUUUACUGUAUAACGCAGGUACAAUAGGAAGCUCAUGGCUAGUCACCUAAUAUUGUUUCUACUGGGGGCAGCUGUCUCUUCUUUGGCCAGUGCUUCAGGUGUUGAGCAGAGUACCAGUUUCAUCUUCAACCAGUUCAGUGGCACAAACACAAUAGAAUAUGUUGAAGAUGCCUCAAUGCAAUCCAAUGUUAUUCACCUCACAAAUCACUCCGAGCGCGCCAUUGGUCGCGCUUAUUAUGACAAGCUCGUCCCCAUGAAAAGAAAAGGCUCAGUAAUCUCAUUCAGCACAAGCUUCGUAUUCGCCAUAGUUCCGCACCCUCGCUCGGGCGGUGGUGACGGGCUCUGCUUCAUCAUGACGCCUACCACGGCUCUCAAUGGCGCCAUCGCUACACAGUACUUUGGCCUCGUCAAUACCUCCAGCGAUGGCAAAGACUACAAUCAUCUUUUUGCUGUAGAGUUCGACACGAUUCAGAGCAUAGGCGUGGAGGACAAGGACAGCAACCAUGUGGGAAUCGAUCUCAAUAGCGUCAAGUCGGUGGUGGCACAAUUUGCUGGUUACCGGGUAGGGAAUACAUUGAUGCCCAUUAAUCUCAAGAGUGGGCAUAAUAUAAGGGCCUGGAUCGACUAUGAUGGCGCUUCUAAACAGCUCGACAUAAGGAUUGCAGCAAUUGGACAGGCGAGGCCGCAGAAAGCCCUGCUGUCCAAGAAAAAUUUGAAUCUGGAUGAUAUUAUAGAAGACCACAUGUACGUUGGGUUUUCCGCAUCUACAGGUAGUUCCCCUCUAGUUGAGGAUCAUUACAUUCUAGCAUGGAGCUUCACCACCGGCAGCAGCAAGGCUCUGGACCUAGACACCUCGCAUCUCCCUUCAUUUUACAUGAAAAUCCCCAAGUUCUAUGAUUCUGCUAAGUUCAUAUCUUCUACUACAAUAUGCUCUGUAGCUUUCAUCCUGGGACUCAUUCUAGGCACAUUUUAUUGGCUUAGAAGGAUUGACUACAUAGAUUUCUACGAGAAAUGGGAAGUGCAGUAUUGGCCACACAGAUUUAGUUACCGAGAACUCAAGCUCGCCACAAAGGGUUUCAGGGAUGACAAUCUUCUGGGCUCAGGGGGCUUUGGACGAGUGUACAGGGGUACUCUGGCCUCUGGUGAAGAAGUUGCUGUCAAAAGCAUCACAAAAGACUGCACAGAAGGAAUGAAGGAAUUCGUUGCAGAAAUCUCCAGCCUUGGGCGACUGCAGCACCGGAACCUGGUACCUCUCAGGGGCUGGUGCCGAAAAAACAAACGCCUCUUCAUUGUCUAUGACUACAUGUCCAAUGGAAGUCUUGAGAAAAAUUUGUUCACUCCGGAAGCGAAUCUUACAUGGGCUCAGAGAUACAAGAUUCUCACAGGGGUGGCCACUGGGCUGCUAUACUUACAUGAGCAAUGGGAAAAAAGAGUGGUGCACAGGGACAUUAAGUCCAGCAAUAUAUUGUUGGACCAUGAUCUGAAUGGCCGAGUGGGGGACUUUGGGUUGGCAAGGUUAUAUGACCACAGUGAAAAACCCCAAACUACUCAUGUCGUGGGCACACUAGGCUACAUUGCACCUGAGCUUAUACAUUCUGGUAAGGCCUCUGCUUACACAGAUGUCUUCAGCUUUGGGGCUCUUAUGCUGGAGGUUGCCUGUGGAAGGAAGCCUGUAGAUCCUUGUGCUGUGCAAGGUGUGAUUUUGGUCCAGUGGGUAUGGGAUUUGUAUAUAAAUAAAAGAUUACUGGAUGCUGUUGAUGAGAGGCUUGGGGAUGAUUAUGAUAAGAGGGAGGCUGCGAUGGUGCUAGUAUUGGGGCUUGUUUGUUCAAACCCUGAUCCACAGGAGAGGCCUUGUAUGAGACAAAUUCUGCAGAUACUUUGUGGUGAGGCUGCUUUGCCCGUGGAUCUUCAUGUGCCUUUGGCUUUGACACAUCCUUACAUUGACAUUGCAGACUCGAGUUCGUCUACUCCUUUACUUCAUUGCAGCUCUCAGAAUGAUGCAGUUGGGGCAAUUUCAUGAACUAUGCACAGCGUUGUUUUCAUUCGUGAAUAACAAAUGAUCAAAUGAAUGAAUCAGAAAGUUUUGGAAAUUAAACUUCUUCAUUGUAUAAUAGCCCGGGACUAGUUUUUACCACUGUAAAUUCUGUCUUAUCAAUCAAAACAUUAAUUUUGGAAGAA